AUGAAUCGUGCUUUAAAGAGAAUAUUGGAGAAGACCGUUGAUGGAAACCCUAAAUCAUGGUCAAAGAAGUUAGAUGAUGCCCUAUGGGCAAUUCGAACCGCUUUCAAGACUCGUAUCGGCACCACACCAUACCGACUUCUUUAUGGCAAGACUUGCCAUUUGUCGGUAGAAAUUGAGCAUAAGGUGUAUUGGGCCUUAAAGCAAUGCAACAUGGACUUGAUCGAAGCCGGUGAAAAUAGGAUGUUACAACAUGAGUUAGAUGAGCUUAGACAUGGUGCCUACGACAAUUCGUUGUUGUAUAAAGAAAGAACAAAAGUUUGGCACGAUAGGAAGCUCAAGAGAAAAGAUUUCAAGGCGGGAGAUAAGGUGUUUUUGUUUCUCUCGAAGUUCAAAAUCCUCGGGAUAUGUGGUCCAUUUGUUAUCAAACAUGUAUAUUCCUCGGGAUGUGUGGAAUUGUAUCGAGAAAAUGGAAGUUCGUUCAUUGUUAAUGGACACCGAUUAAAACUCUACCAUGAGGAAGAAGUUGGGGAGGGAGCCUUUAUCGAGGAGCUCCAACUUUUCGUUUAA